ACUGACAGAUGCUCGGAAAUUUAACAGAAAGUCUGUGUACUGUUUUUUGCCUUAAGUUUUAUUUUUAAUGAAAACGUAGCGAAAUCUAAUACAUAGGCUUUAUGUCUGAUGUGCGCUAGGGAGACCUUGAAUUUUCUUUGAUUGUUAUGACGUAAUUAGCGCGUCUGACCCUCUGCUUCUGCCUCAGGCACGACCACGACCGACGUCGUACUAAUCGCUGCUUCGUUUAUUCAUCGUAUUGACAUUUUCAGCAGCCUUUAUUUAGGUGUAGGUCACCGUUCCAGCUAAGGCUGAUAUAAAAGUCUCGUCUAUUUGAUUUCGACACCAGUAUCACCUGCAGUAGCCAUCUGUGCAGUACGAAUAGCCUGAGCUUACCAAAUCACAAAGAAAAUGUACAAAGCCAGUCUUAUCCUUGCGGCCCUAUGCCUUAUCGCCAGCAGCGGUGCAGUCGACGAGUCGGAUGCCGUUAUCACCAAGUAUAGAUCUGAGAUCAAUGAGGAUGGCAGUUAUAGCUACGAAUAUGGGACUUCAAACAACAUUCAGGCCGCCGAGAGUGGAGUGGGAAGUGCCUAUGCUACAGGAUCCGUACAAUACACAGCUCCCGAUGGACAACCUAUAAAUCUCGAGUACACAGCUGACGAGAAUGGUUAUCAACCAAAAGGCGAUCAUUUGCCAACACCUCCUCCAACUCCAGAUUACAUCUUGAGGGCAUUGGCAUACAUCCAGGAACAUCCUUUCACAAGAGUUCAGCUCAAGAAAUAAGAUAAUGUAGUAUAACGCAUCACCAUGCUUAGAUUAAGCUAGUAAAUGAUAAAUAUUUUUUAAUUUCGUUAGUUAUUCGUUUUACUAUAAUCUCUUCUGUUUUUUUGUUUGUAUAUAUACCAGAAGCGGAUAUCGAUUAGACCGUUUCCUAGGGUGUAUUUGGGAUUCUGGCAACUUCUUUCACUUGGGAGCAAGGUUUUUCUUGAUAUAAAUCAAAUUUGUUAUAAAACUA